AUGGAAAAUAUCAAAGAAGGAGAGAUACACAGAGGUGUUGUGACGUCGAUCAAGCCGUAUGGGGCAUUUGUUGCCCUUGGAGAAGGCGAAAACAGUAGAGAUGAUGAUAAGCAUAGAAACGGGCGAUAUGGACACAAAAGAAGCGGAUUAUGCCACAUUUCGCAGAUGGUCUCGGGUCGGCGGUUAGAGGACCCCCGGGAGGUGGUAUCUGUGGGGGACAGGGUGUGGGUAGAGGUGACGGAAGUGCGUGGGGACGGCAAAAUAUCGCUCAGCAUGAAAAACGUGGAUCAGGCGACGGGGAAAGAGACAAGAGGAGUUAGCGGGCCGGCAGAGCACACCAGAAAGAGAAAAACAAGAGUGGAUGCGUGGGAGAUGACGCAGCUGAGGCAGGCCUACGGGGUGAAGCGGACGAAGAUGGAUUUUAGUGCUGAAGAUGAAGAUCCUUACGCAGAAGUUGAUGAGGAGAGUUCCGAGGGGGGAGAGGACGAAGAAGGGCAAGAGGUGGAAAUCCAGUUGAAUCAGGAGCUUCCGCCGUUCCUUGCGGGCAGUGCGAGGGAGCUAAGGGGGCAUACCGGGCAGAAUGAGCCGGAAAAAGCGGUCCGGGUGUCGGAUGAGUCGUUACAGAGGCUGGCGGAGAAGGGGUCGCGUUUUCUGGCGGAGACGAGGAAGGAGAAGGUGGAGAAGCGGCGGGCAGCGGAGCGGAGCCGGCGGGAGAGGGAGAGGGGGGAGGAUGAGGAGGAUCCGAUGGGUAUGGAGAAUAUAGAAGAGAGGUUGAAGGAAAGUACAAAGGACUUUAAGGAAAGUACGAAAGACCCUAAGGAAAGUUCAAAGGGAAGUACAAAAAACCUUAAGGAAAGUACAAAAGACUUUAAGGACACCCCUAGUGCAGUCGACCAAUGGAAAACAGAAUCAUCCCUGCAGCAGUGCGGGUUCCCGACCCUCAAAAGCAUCCGGCAGCAGAGAGAGUCGCUCCCGAUCUUCAAGGUGCGGUCGCAGCUAAUGCGGCAGGUGGCAGAAAACAGCAUGCUGGUGGUGGUCGGCGAGACGGGAUCAGGUAAAUCGACGCAGAUAACCCAGUAUUUGGCAGAGGAGGGGUACGGGACCCACGGGAUGAUUGCGUGCACGCAACCGAGGCGUGUGGCAGCCAAGAGUGUGGCACAGCGGGUGGCUGAGGAGGUCGGGUGCUCCAUUGGCCAGGAAGUCGGGUACCAGAUCCGGUUUGAGGACUGCACAAGCAGCAAAACGGUGAUCAAGUACAUGACGGACGGCAUGUUGGAGCGCGAGGUGCUCGUGGACCCGGACAUGGGCCGGUACUCGGUGAUUAUGCUCGAUGAGGCGCACGAGCGGACGGUUGCGACGGAUGUGUUGUUUGCGUUGCUCCGGGAGGCGGUGAGGAGACGCAAGGGAGGUCUCCGGGUGAUCGUGACGUCGGCUACGUUGGACAGCGGGAAGUUCUCACGGUACUUCGAUGGGUGCCCUGUGUUCCACAUCGCGGGCCGGGCGUACCCGGUGAAAAUCCUGCAUUCACGGCAGCCGGAGCCGGACUACGUGGCGGCCGCGAUCGACACCGUGGUGCAGAUCCACGUGAACAACGCGGCGGGCGACAUCUUGGUGUUCCUGACGGGCCGCGAGGAGAUCGAGGCGUGCUGCGAGGCGAUUGUGCAGAAAAUGGCCGUUUUGCGAAACGCUGACCGGGGCAUCGGCGAGUUGCUUGUUCUCCCCGUGUAUAGUGCGAUGCCGUCGGAGAUGCAGUCGCGGAUAUUCGAGCCGACACCUCGGGGCAAGCGGAAGGUCGUGGUGGCCACGAACAUCGCGGAGACGUCCAUCACGAUCGACGGGAUCUUGUACGUGGUGGACCCCGGGUUCGUCAAGGUGAACGCGUACGACUCGCGGCUGGGCAUGGACCGGUUGGCCGUGGAGCCCGUGUCGCGAGCCCAGGCGGACCAGCGGGCGGGUCGGGCGGGUCGUACGGGGCCCGGUGUGUGCUACCGGCUGUACACCCGGCGGGCCUACGACCACGACAUGUGCCCUGCCCCCGUGCCCGAGAUCCUCCGCCACAACUUGGCCACCACCGCGCUCGUGCUCAAGGCCCUCGGCGUGGCCCACGUGCUUCACUUCCCCUUCAUGGACCCGCCACCCCGGCAGGCUUUGCUCGCUGCCCUGCACGAGUUGUACAUUUUGGGGGCCGUUUCCCCGCGGGGCAGCAUAACUCCACCGGGAAAGGCCAUGGCCCGCUUCCCCAUGGACCCGCUGCUCUCCCGGGCCCUCCUCCAGUCGCUCCGCCUCGGCUGCUCCCGCGACGUCAUCGUCAUCAUCGCCAUGAUCUCCGUGCCCGAUGUGUUUCUGCGGCCCCGUGACCACCGCGUCCAGGCCGAUCGUGCCAGGCGGCAGUUCGACCAUCCCUCCGGUGACCACCUCACCCUGUUGACCGUGUACCGCCGCUGGCAGGAUGCCAACUACAGCCGGGCCUGGUGCACAUCGCACUAUCUCCACUGGAAGUCUCUGCACCGGGCCCGCGAGGUGGUUCGGCAGUUGACCGGGAUGGUGGGAGCAUCAUCUUUAUCUUCUUCAUCAUCUUUAUCUACUCCCUCUCCCCCAACUAUCCUCAAGGCCUUCCUCUCGGGCUUCUUCAAAAACUGCGCCAAACGAUCCCCAAACGACUCCUUCCACACCCUCGCAGAAAACACUCCUGUCCACAUCCACCCCUCAUCCGCCCUCUACAGAAAACCAGGCCUCAACUACCUCCUCUACCACUCUCUCAUCCUCACAAACAUGGAGUACAUGCACUGCGUCUCCAAGAUCGACCCCUCCUGGCUGCUCCAGUGUGCUCCAAAGUUCUACUCCCCGGCCAAACACGGCCAGCUCAGCCUCGCCAAACGCACCGAGAAGAUCUCUCCUUUGUGGAACAAGUUCGACCCGAACCAGAGCUGGCGAUUGAGCCGGGGCAGACGGUGA